AUGUAGUGUACACCGGGUCCGCGGGGAUGGAACCUUCAUAUUAAAGGCCCCAGAGCCAAGCAUAUUGUCGUCGCAUUUCCUCCUGCCGAGAUCUCGCCCCUGUGCUCGUUGCGUCCUGCGCUCGCCCCUCCAAGAUGCACUUCACCGGCGUGACACUGGCAGCCCUUGCCAGCCUGGCUGCCGGCGCGUCCCUCAAGAGCCUAGACACGAGUCUGACCAUCUUGACCAACAAUGAUCUCCAGGGGUCAGACAGCCCCGAUGCCGACUCGGCCGUGAUCCUCACGGAUGCCCGGGCGUUCCGGGAUGCGUCCCAGGGCGUGUGUGCCAAGCUGGGCGAGCAGCUUUGGCGGCCUACGACGAAGCGAGGACACCGGAGGAGAGACACGGCCGUGCUGCCGUUUGCAGAUUACCUGAAGUACACCGGGACAGCUGACGCCUCGUCCAAGUUCUGGGUUUCGUCAGGCUCCAGCUCUCCCGACGCCGUGGACAUCGCCGGCGGCUUCCACCCCAACCCUGGGAACAUCCGGAUCCCCGCGCUGUGCACCAACACCGCGCCCUUCUCAACCCAGAGCUCCCAGGACACGAGCUCCAAGUGGCAGAUCAGCCUGGAGGUCAACAACCAGACCAUCACCGGGUUCCGCGACCGCCUGUCCUUCCGCUUCCUGGGUAUCCGCUAUGCGCCGCAGCCGCAGAGGUUUACCUACUCGACCCUGUUCAAAGGGGCGGGGGAAGCCGCCUCGGCGCUGGCCUACGGCUCUCAGUGUGCUCAGGCCCCCAACACGGGCACCGAGGACUGUCUGUUCCUCAACGUGUGGACGCCGUAUCUCCCCAACCCGAACACGGCGCCGGCGAAGAAGACGCUCCGGCCCGUGGCCUUUUGGAUUCACGGAGGCGCCUUCACCGGCGGCACCGCGAACGACCCGACCUUUGACGGCGCGAACUUGGCAUCCAGAGGCGACAUGGUGGUGGUGGCCAUCAACUACCGCCUGUCGACCCUCGGUUUUCUCGCCCUCAAGGACGGCAAGACCAACGGCAACUUCGGCUUAGCCGACCAGAUCACGGCGCUCGACUGGGUCCGCGCGAACAUCCGCAGCCUCGGGGGCGACCCGGAUCGGAUCACGAUCUUUGGCCAGAGCGCAGGCGCGGGAUCCGUGCGAGCCCUGAUGGCCUCGCCGAAGGCCGCCGGCAAGUUUGCGAACGCCAUCAUGCUCAGCAACCUCGGCGGCAUCAACUACGGGACGACGUACUCGCACUAUUACACCAUCGACGAGGAAGUCGCCGUGGCCGCCAACGCGAUUCUCGCCGCCACGAACUGCACCUCGGCGCCGUCGCAGGUCGACUGCCUGCGCGCCGUCCCCGCCAACACGCUCACGUCUCUCAGCACGGUCGCCCGCUUCCUCGUGGUGGACGGCACGUACCUGACCUCGCCAGAGCUCCCGCUGACGGGGCCCCGCCUGCCGAUCAAGCUGAUGAUGGGCAUCAUGCGCGACGACGGCGCGCCCUUCAUCAGCUUCCCGCAGACCACCAACGAGUCGGCCUACCUGGCGUCGCAGGGCUUCUCGGUGCCGCCGGCCAAGCUGUUCCCGAUCGUGCCGACGGGCAACCAGACGCUGGACCUGUACACGGCGUCCUCCCGGCUCGCAACGGACGGCAUCUUCCGGUGCAUCGACGAGGCGACGGCGCGCGCGGGCGCCGACAGCGGCCGGCUGGGGCCCAUCUACUACUACGAGUUCGACCGGUCGUACCAGACGACGGGGUGGCCGGGCACGGACGUGUGCGAGCCGCCGCGGACGGCGGCGCACCCGUACGGCGACCCGUCGCGCCCCUACCUGCGCUGCCACUCGGGCGAGCUGUACUACGUGUUCGGCAACCUGCACCGGCAGGGCCUGCCGCUGCGCGACGCCGGCGACCUGCCCUUCGAGCGCUUCGUGCUCGACUCCUUCGCCGCCUUCAUCCGCGCCGGCGACCCCAACCCGGACCCGGCCUUCCUCGCCGCCCGCGGCUACGCGGACUCGCUCGCGCAGGCCCAGCUGGCCGGCCCCUGGCUGCCCACCACGCGCGGCCGCCAGACGCUGCGCCUGCUGGACUGGCCGCGCUCGGCGCAGAGCGGGUUCCGCGAGCUGCCGCAGUGCCAGGCGCUCGGGUUGGGGUUGGAUUAUUACGAGAAACCGCAUUGACUCGGCGCGGCUGGGGGAAGGGGGUUGGGAGGUGGCAUGGGGUGAGUUUAGGCUUGGGCUUGGGACUUGCCCGGCUGGGGGGAUCGGGGUGUUGGCUGAUCGAUGUUGGGAUGAGCCCGUGGCAGAUGUCUAAUGUUUAUUUGAGACGAGG